GAAGUAAUGUGCGUUUUUCGUUUCCUUAAUUUCGAUUACGGACAUAGCCAAUUAGGAGAGCAGAACUCAUAUCAUUCCCUGCAUUGGGUAGAACACAUUCCAACAAACCCAUACGAUCUGUGUGAACGUACAGAACUUGCAUAAACGUUGCAUCGCAUCAAAAUGGCACAAAAGAAACGCGCUGCAGCACCGGCAACGAAGUCCGAGAAUGGUGUAAAGAAGCCAGCCGGCAACAAGCGCGGGCCAAAGGCAAAGGCUGCACAGGUCGACGAGGAGGUUUUGGCCACCCAAACGCAGACAAGGCAGUCCAAAAAGAAGCUAGAGCAACAAGUGGAGCAAAGCGAGGAUGAGUCCGACUCCGAGGAGGAGCAGAGUGUCAUCAAAUUCGAGGAUGGCAGCGAUUCCGAGGAAGAAAAGGUUGGAGAUUUGAUUGAUGAUGAAGCUGUCGAAGACGACGAUGAGGAUUCAGGGGAUGAUGAUGAUGAGGAUGAGGAUGAAGAUGAAGAUGCUGAGGACGAACCUGGUCAGGUGUCAAAUUCAGGAAAACAACUUGCCGAUUCCGAUGACGAUGCACCUGCUGAGGCGCCCAUAGCCAAGAAGGGCAAGGCAGCUGCUCCAACAGCAGCUGCGGCGGCUUCACCCAAAAAGGGCGGCAUUCCAAGCAUCACGGUGGGCAAGAUUCCAGCUGAUAUUCCCAAGGAUCAGAUUAUUCAUGUCUCCAACAUACCCAAUGAAUACAAACAUCUUGAUUUGGUUGCUCUGUUCACCAAAUUCGGGCCCCUCGCUGCUGUGAAUCGCAUCAAGGGAAAGACAGAGGGCAACACUGUCUUCAUUGCCUUCGAGACAUCCGCCGCGGCUGAGGCUGCUCUGGAAGCCAAGGAGAAGGCCUUGACAUUCUAUGGCAAUGUUUUGGUAGUGGGACGGCCAUUCAAUAAGGAUGAUCUGAACAAUCGCACUGUCGCCGUGGCACUCAUUGGCCCCAAGACCACCAAAGAGCAGUUGUCGGCAUUCUUCGGAAAGGUCGGUGAUGUUGAGGCGGUCAACCUAUCCAACAAUCGCAGCAACCCAACGGCUUUCGUGCGUUUCAAGUCUGUGGAUUCGAUGCCCAAGGCUCUCAAGCUGCACGGCAGCGAGUUGAACUCUCGCUUCAUUACCGUGCGCGAGCCCUCCUACAAGCUCAACUCGAAAAAGUCGCCCGAACGCACUCUGAUCGUUGAGAAUGGUGGCAAGCAUGAGUCAUUCAAAUCCGAUACUAUUGAGAAGAUCUUCAAGAAGUUCGGCGAUAUCGUGGACAUUGAUGUUGUGUGCACCAAUCAUGUCCUGGCCUUUGUCUCGUUCAAGGAGCCCGAGCAGGCCGCCAAGGCAUUGCAGCAGCUCAAUGGCAAGACUGUCAGCGAUUUGGAGCUCAAAUUGGAGCAAUACACAUUCAAUACCUCGCCACGCACCGUACUGGUGACAAAUCUUGCCGCAGAUGUGACUGAGAGCGACCUGCAGGAAUUGUUCAGCGAAAGCGGUAAGAUCGAUAACGUCACCCUGCUGUCACACAAGGCCCUGGUCAAAUUCGCCACCAACGAUGGCUUCUGCAAGUCCUUCCUGAGCAAUGAGCGCAUCUUGAAAAACCAGCCAGUAUUCCUGGAGCCCAACUCGAUGCUCAAGCAUAAGCUGCUCAAAAAGAAGUCGACUCUAAAUCGCAAUGGCAAUCGCAAGCCCGGUGCUCCCGGUGGCGACGGCCCACCCAAAUUCAACAAGUUCGGCAAGAAGCCCUUCAACAAACGCCCAGCCCAGGACAACGGUGCAAAGCCAGCAUGGAAGAAGGUCAAGAGGGAGGCCUAAACUUAUUUUAGACUGCCUUAGUCUUAAGUUAAACCCCCCCUCCUCCCUUUAAGCCAAUGCGAAAUAGAGCAUUGAAUUUAGUCAUUAAGUCUAGCGCCGUCAUCUUGUUGUCGUCGCUUUUGCCCCCCCACACCCCAUAAAAGAUUUUGUAUAUUACCCGAUGUAAGAGCUGCUCUGCCCGCCAUUCACAGCACCGAGCCUAAAGCUAAAUAAUAAAAAAAAGAAGUGUCGAGUAAAUGCAAAACA